CAAGAGUUGGCAGACACCCUGAAGCCCGUCGGAGCUAUGGCUAGCAUGUCUCCAGACGAGGAAGAGGCAGUGGCUGCACAGAUGGCGGCUGAGAGCUCUGUGAAGCUCCCACAGUCUGAAGCCAUCAUGGAGGCGAUCAUUCGGUCUUCCAAGCCACUGCCCAUAGGACCCACGGAGGAAGCUGAGCUUUGCGACUGGAAGCGGCUUGACAGGAUUCUGCUGAAAUUUUCCGAUCCUCUUGUGCCAUGGCUGCGAUGCCGUUGGCUGUUCUUCGUGUCUCUGGAGCUGGGCUUCGGCCUGCGGAUUUACGCCUUGGAGCGCCACUUCUUUGCGGUCUACAUCCUGGCCAUCUACUUCUUGAACCAGGUGCUGCUGUUUUUGUCGCCAGCCACGGAGGAUGACCACCUCCCUGCCCGCACGCACAGCAGCGAGUACCGGCCCUUUGUCCGCGCCCUGUCAGAGUUUCGCCUUUGGUGUCGAGGAACCUUGGCUACAGUGGCGGCACUGGUUGUCACAUGUUUCGACGACCUGGACCUAGACGUGGACGGGCAAGCUCUCCUGGUCUACUUUGUGCUUUUGUUCAUUUACACCAUGAAGCAGCAGAUCAUGCACAUGAUCCAGUACGGCUAUGUGCCGUGGAACAAGUCCAAGAAAAGGGCUCAGAAGGAGGAGUCAAUGGACGUUUGACACCGGACGCAAAACAUGCAGAUGUGCUGUGCUGCGAACUAGGAGGGAGUGUGAUGGCAUCUUGGGGGCUGACCUUCAAAACAGGGGAGAGAGUGAGA